AUGGUGGUGAUAAAUCGAUUUAUGUCUUAUUCUAUGUACACACCUCGUGUUGAAAUGCCAACAAGGGGUAAACUAAAUUUGUUUUGGCGUAGUGGAUCCAUGGCAGGAGUGGCUAUGAUUAUUCGGCUAGUGAGUUGUUUUGUUUGUUCUGUUGAGUAUGUGAAGUUUGUGAGUUCCAUGUUUGGACUUUGUCAGCCUAUUGGAGAACCUGGUCCUAUGAUAGAUGUGAGUUUACACAAGUCCAGGAUUAACAAGGUGUAA